GAUCUACUGCAUCUGCCAUUACAGCACCAAGCUCAGGGAGGUGAUCACCCGAGACCUGCUGCCUUCCUCCACCAUGAUCAAGCACUUGAGCCAGGAGUUUGGCUUGCCCAUUUCCCUAAAAGAACUCAUCGACAACAAGAAACUUUUGGCCACCCCACCUCAACCCACCUCCAUGCUUGACCUGCGAAGUCGGAAAUCCACCCUCAACACUGAGAUCCUCGCCCACCAGGAGAAGUACCUGCAGUGGCGGAACAGUGUGAUGAAGAAAAGAUACGAGACUCGCAAUCUGAUCCAGAAAAACAUCAGUAAAGCCUACCAGGUGAGCAGGAAGUCCCCAAAGCCCAUUGUGAGGGUGAUUCGGGGCUCGAUCCCUGCUACAGAGGAUGUGUACAACUACAGCACUCAGGCCCUGAACUCAGAGCUGGUCAAGAAGAAGCUGUACAGUGAGAUGAACAAGGAGCCAUGGAAAAGAUACACGUAUUCACAGCAUUUCCUCUCAGCCAUGGUGGAGACUCGGAACUUAAAGGAAGAGGAGAAAAAAGCCAAGGAGAAGUCCCGCCAGGCCUGGCUCACAACCAAUGGGUUCCGAGUGAUAGGUCUUCAUAAGAGCACUGAGAGCGACCACCACCUGGACCUGCUGCCCAUUGGCGCCACCACAGAGCUGACCGAGGAGUGGAGGGAAAACGCACUGUUUGCUAACGUGAUGAGGCCUGUGCUGGACCGAGACAGGUGGAGCUGGGACCAGCGCCAUCGGGACUUUGAUCUGUACAGGAAGCCACCGCCUUUCCUCAAGGCGCCCGCUUCUCGGACCCUGAACCCAACCACAG